AUGACUGAUUAUUCCAGUUGGAAAGUGGCCGAUCUGAAAGCGGAGCUGAAGCGGCGCGGUAUUCCGCAGACUGGUCUGAGGGUCAAACAGAAUUUCAUCGACAGGCUUCUGGAAGCAGAUGGCAAGCAAGAGGGUGGAGCACCCAAUGGCGAAUCGGCAAAUACUCAAGAUGCGUCUGAAAAUAUCGAGCAGGCAACGCCUGAACAGCCUGCGCAAGAACCCGACACCGUCGUUUCUCAACCGGAAGAGCCCGAGGCGCAGGUGACAGCACCGGAGUCGGAAGAGCCCAAAGACAAUGGAAAAGCAAAGCGAUCACCGAAAGAGGAACAGCAAGAGCAACAACCAGAUGUUCAGACCGAGCAACGUAAGCCCGAGCCUCCAGCGGAAGGAUCGAUGACUGAUGCAAAGGCGGCGGAACAAGCGGCGGAGUCAUUACAGCAGACACAGCCUGAGGUUUCUAGCAAGGAAUCUGAAGCCAUUCAGGUUGCAGAAGCGGGAAUUGGCAGUGAAGGCAGUGCGCCUUCACGCGCGCCAUCACAGCCUGAAGCUGAGCACCCUGUCGAACCGGUCGAGCAGGCUCCCGGAAGCGCAGAAGCGGUGCACGGACAGGACUCUAAAGAACUUCCGGAUUCUGUUGGGAAGGCUGCGACUCAAGUAUCUGCAGAGACUACCGGGCUGUCAACGCCCCUCCCCGUGGAGGAGAUGAUCGAAGACACCCGGAAGCGGAAGCGGCGCAGUCAAACUCCCAUCCCAACACCGGAGGCGGUUGCAAGCAAAAGGGCCAAGGCACAGGAGGAGUCGCCCAGAGUUCUACUACCUGAAGAUCGUGAUAUUAUGGAUGUGGAAGGGAGUCCUGGAAAGAAGGCGGUCGCCGUCCCGGCAGAGAACGAACAGGCCCAACACCAAAAUGGAGAUGACCGAAAUGAUGCAAUUCGCCGUGUAUCAAUAAGUGAUGAUGUGCGGACAAGGGGAACUGCGUCUAUCAAGCAAGAUGCUCGUUUCAAGGACCUUUUUGCACCAGCGGACAGAGAGCAGAUUCGGCCCCGUUCACCUCCAGCAGAUACGAACAUGGAAGAUGCCGAGGUCGAACCCGCGCUACAUGUCGCAACCGAAGCGUUAUAUAUCGAUGGACUGAUGCGCCCUCUUCAACCUGCUGCACUCAAAAACCAUCUUGUCAGCAUCGCAACGGCCCCUGGCGCAUCACCCGAUCCUGACGUGAUCGUUGAUUUUUACUUGGAUCCCAUCAAAACGCACUGUUUUGUAAAGUUCGCGAAUAUAUCGGCUGCCUCUAGAGCGCGGACCGCCUUGCACGGUGUUGUCUGGCCCAACGAAAGCAACAGAAAAGCUUUGUUUGUUGAUUUCAUCCCCCAGCAAAAACUGCAGCAAUGGGUUGCAAGGGAGGAAGAAUCGCGCGGGCGCGGUGGUCCCCCGCCUCGUUGGGAAGUCCGCUAUGAUCGGACCGACGAUGGUGUCGAGGCUGUUCUGCAGGAAGUGGAUCUCAAGAGUACCGCUUCGCGUCAGGCUCCCGGUCGAGCGUCGACUGACUUCUCUCGUCCCCCUCCCUUGGGCCCCAGAGCAAGCAUGGGUGUUAAGGACAGACGUCCUAGCGGCCCUCCACCCCUUGAGCCCCGUCCUAGACCAGGGCAAGGAUUCAAAGCGCUGGAUGAUCUCUUUGAAUCCACUACAACGAAACCGAAGCUGUACUACCUCCGUGUCCCUCGCGAAGUGGCCGACCGACGUCUAGAUCGGUUCGAUGACCUGCUGCGGAAGGGAUCAUUUCCGCGUCGUGGGGGCGAUGAGAAUAGGCGAAUCACAUUUGAAGACGGUGACUUCUUCGUUGACAACGGACCGGAAUAUGGCCGUGGCCACGGACGGCGCCGUGGCCGGGGUCGUGGAGGCGGCAUGGGCGACUCAUGGAGAGAUGACAGACGAGGCCGUGACUAA